CAUCUACCCGUGCGAUUGUUCGAAGUUAUUCCUGGCUCAAACCUUGAGAAUUUCACUUACGACUAUGAGGUUGCCAAGCAUAUCGGCGAACUUCUUGCAAGAUUCCACAUUAUUGCUGAUGAAUCGAAAUUGUCGGUUACCCAUGUUCCAUAUAUUGCCGUUGAACACAGACGAGGAAUUCUGAAAGAGAUGGAACUUCUUUUGGAGCGGUCAAUCAUUUCAAAGGAGAAAGCACAGCUAGUCGCUGAAUGCUUGAUACACUCCGACAUCAACGAAACAAAUGUUCUCAUGAUUGAGGAGGAUGGCCAAAAGAAGAUUACUGGGCUGCUCGACUUCGGAGACGUACACAAAUCCUACAGGAUAAUUGACAUUGCUUCGACUGUGCUGUAUCUGCAUUUAUCGGAUAAACAAAAACAAGGUGUGCCUUCUCUCACAAAUGCUGUCCUCGAAGGCUAUCGUAGAGUUCGAGAAGCCCCUGACUGCACUCAUUUGAUCACUGCGAUGAAGGCUAGGUUGUCGUGCUCUCUAAUCUAUGGAUUGAGGACAGCUCGAAUAAACUUGCGAGGUGGAAAUGUUGACUAUGUGCUGCGCACGCAGUCAAACGGUUGGAGUGUCUUGCAGGAGCUGCAUCAUGAAGAAAGGCAAAAGAAAAGUGCGAUUGACGACAACUGA